CUUAAAUUGUAGUUCACUUACAUCGUCAGGUGACGGAAGAGUUGGCAGAUAAAACUGCAAUAUUUACUUUUGUACAUAUAUGGCAAUCUACAGAUUGCACAGCUUGGCAGUUGAUAGGAGAAAGGUGUAGUUACCGGAGAAAUUCAAGUGGAUUAAGAUGCGUUAUUUAGGAAUUAUUGCUCUCGUCGCUUUCCUGGCCAUUUCCACUGUGAUGGCACAUCCAUAUGCGAACAGUAGCACUGAAGAAGGAUCAGGAUCCAGUAACCGAUCGACUAUUCGUCCUGUCCCCAGAUGGCCUAAGUGGGGUGGAAUCGGUCCAGUCAUUUUAAACACUCCCCCCACUCCGUGACAAUGAACUACGGAAAGAAAUUAAUUGUGAAACCCCACAACGAACCUUUGUUGUUGUCUAAAAAAAAAAAUAUCUCCAAAAAUACGCUUGUAAAACUUUCCAUUGAGACAAUUGUUCAAAUACCAAAGCGUAAAUAAAGAUUUCGUAGUAGAUUCUACGAAUCGGCC